CUUUGUCUCUCUCUCUGAACAUAUGAUAUAUUGUAUCAUUUGUUUCAAUGUAGAUGCUGAGGAAUAUCAUCAUCAUCAUCAGUAAAUGAUUAAGAAUAAGAUAAGUAUCUCUCGCCAUCUGAUUUAAUAACAGCAGUCAAAGUGAAGAUCACGUGAUCAGAUCCCAAUAACUAUGUGUUCAAACACAUAUAUCUUAUUCUAUAUAGUACCAAGCUUCAGAAGUCUCUCGUCUCUCUCUCUCUAUUUCUCUUUCUCGGUUACACUCACAAGAACAGAACAUAACAGGUACAAGUUCAAAGGUUUCAAGACUCCUGAAGAUUACAAGAAGAAAAAACUUACAAUGAAGAGAUACUGUUUAGUGGCUCUGCUUCUGUUACUUGUAGCUAUCUUUAGCAGCAAGUAUAGUGUAGAGGGCCGUUCUCUGUUAACGAUGACACCUUCUGGUCAAGCUGUAAGAGAUUUUCAGAUAAGCAAGGAGAUGAAGAAAGAGCCGGUUAGGGGAGAAAAAGAUAGCUUCAGAAGAAUCCCAAGGAGUGGCUCAAACCCUAUACAGAACAAGUGUAAUCCACCAGUAGAUGUUGAAGGAAGUAGGAACCAGCAGGUCACAGCAUCAAGAAAACCUUAGGCAUCAGUUGUUUUUUUCUUUCUUCUUUUUUGAUCUUAGAUCCUCCACGUUUUAUUUUCCUUCUAUUUUUGUAGAAUAGGUACCUAGACAUGUGUUUCUUAAUGCUGUAAUCUACUUGAAAUAUAUAAACUCUUUUAUCUUCUUUUAAUUA